AUGGCGGACGCUGCUGAGGAUAUCACGGCCCAGGGUGGUGCCGUCUGGAAGGACCUCUUCUCUGGUGCGGUUGGAGGAAUUGCACAAGUCCUGAUUGGCCAGCCCUUUGACAUUGUCAAAGUGCGUCUGCAGACCAGCACACAGUACAACGGAGCGCUCGAUGCCGCCACUUCCAUUUGGAAAAAGGAGGGCCCGCUCGCCUUCUACAAGGGCACUCUGACGCCGCUCCUGGGCAUUGGCGCCUGCGUGUCGGUGCAGUUUGGCGGCUUCGGCUUCGCCAAGCGGUACUUUGAGGAGCGCAACGGCGGCCGCGACCUGAGCUACGCCCAGUACUACUACGCCGGCGCCUUUGCCGGUGUCGCCAACAGUGUCAUUUCGGGCCCCAUUGAGCACGUCCGUAUCCGCCUGCAGACGCAGCCCCACGGUGCCGCCCGCCUCUACAGCGGACCGCUCGACUGUGUCCGCAAGCUGAGCGCCCAUGAGGGCGUCAUGCGCGGCCUCUACCGCGGCGAAGCCGUCACCAUCAUCCGUGAGGCCCAGGCCUAUGGUGUGUGGUUCCUUGCUUUCGAGUACAUGAUGAACGCGCACGCCGCCCGCAACAAGAUGGAGCGCAAGGAGAUCCCCCCUUACAUGGUCGCCUUCUAUGGUGGUCUAGCCGGCGAGGCCCUCUGGCUGGGCUCGUACCCCUUUGACGUCAUCAAGAGCAAGAUGCAGACCGACGGCUUUGGCAGCACACAAAAGUACAAGAGCAUGCGCGACUGCUUUGCCCAGACUUGGAAGGCCGAGGGUAUGAGAGGUUUCUGGAAGGGCCUCGGACCCACGUUGCUUCGUGCCAUGCCCGUGAGCGCGGGAACGUUUGCAACUGUCGAAUUGACACUGCGUGCAAUCAGCUAA